AUGUCCUUAGGUACUCUUUACAUUCUCCCUGGUUCCUCGAGGAACUCAUGGCUCCCAGGCCUUGUUAAAUACCUCGGUCUUGACGUCAAGGUUGUGUCUAUUAGAGACAUUGAUAAUUACAAGUCCAUCUUCCCCCUAGGAAAGGCGCCUGCUUUUGAGGCCACAAAUGGAUUCAAAGUUACUGAAGUUGCUGCAGUGGUCGAGUACCUAAUUCUUCAAUCUGCAAAACCCGAGCUCUUGGGCUCUACAAAGGAGGAGAAAGUUUCCAACACAAGGUGGUUCUCCUUUACCAACACUGAUGUCGGCAACACCAUGGUUGCGUGGAACAGACGUCCUCAGGAUUCACCGGAGGAGGUUGCAACAAGGAAGGAAAACGUCCACAACUUGUUUAAAUACCUCAACAAUCAUUUCGCCUCGUCUAAAUACGUUGUGGGAGAUAACAUCACUGUGGCAGAUUUGUACUUGUACACCGAUGUCACUAAAAUUAAUGCCAAUGGAAUCCCAUUGGACGGUUACCCACACUUGGAGAAAUACAUCUCUACCGUCUCGGUCCAUCCGGCAUUAUCAGGCUGA